GCUUUUGACUCCGCAGCGACCUCCCCCAUGACUCAGAUCACGCCCGGUACCUUCGACCCGCAGGGCUUUCGCGAAUGCUGGGGCGAUUACCGUGCUGAGGCGGACUUGGAGGAUCCGUCGCGUCCGCUUUAUCGCUUCCAACGCGACUUGCCGCGUCUACCGGUGCCUUUGUUGGCUGAUACCGUCUCGCUCUAUCUAGAGACGAUCAAGCCGCUGACGUCUCCCGCUGAGUUUGCACGCUCCAAGGAGCUGGCGACUGCCUUCCUGCGACCUGGUGGCAUGGGCGAGGAGCUCCAGCGCCGUCUAGUGGACCGCGCCAAGGACCGCAGCGACUCGAGCUUCCUAGUCGAGUGGUGGAACACACUGGGCUACCUUCAAGUGCGCGACCCGGUGGUGUUCAACGUCAGCUACUUCUUCCACUUCGCAGACAGCGUGCACCCAGCCCAACGCUCCAAUAUUGGACGCGCAGCGGCUCUGCUGCGAGGCUCCGUGCUUUUCGCUCGUCAAGUGGCGGACGGCUCGCUCGAGCCAGAGCAGCUGGGCAAGAAGAAGACUCCCGUCUGCUCCACAGCCUACAAAUACAUGUUCAACGCUUGUCGUAUCCCACGACGCGAGCAGGAUUCGUACAGGAUCUACGACCCCAAGACGCACACCCACGCUGUUAUUAUGCGCCACAACAAAUUCUUCCAACUGGAGCUACUGGACCAGCGUACUCAACAGCCACUAGGCUUUGAGGCUCUCUGCUUCCAACUGGCCAGGAUCUUGGAGUCUGCUGGAGCCAAGGAGUCUGCUGUGGGGGCGUUGACCUCCCAGGAUCGCGACUCGUGGGCUGACGCUCGUGAAGAAUUGAUCCGAGCCUCACCGAAGAAUGAAGAGUCACUGCAAGCUAUUGAGAGCUCAUUGCUGGUACUCAAUAUGGAUGACGAAGCUCCAGUGUCCCGUACUGAGGUCGCACGUGGACUCUGGCAUGGCAACGGACGCAACCGCUUCUUCGACAAGUGUGUGCAACUUGUGGUGUUUGAGAACGGCAAGGCUGGACUACUGGGCGAACAUUCGAUGCUCGAUGGAAUGCCGAUGGCUCGCUAUACAGAAUACCUCGUGUCGCGUCUGCAUAAUGGCCAGAUUGAUCUGGGUCCUCGUGGACAGACGACGCAGCAACUAGAGCUUUCACUUGCUGCUCCCAAGCAGCUCACGUUCCGCUUUACGACGCAGACGUUGCGUAACAUUGCUGAGGCUGAGAAGGUGUUCGACCAGACUGUGGUCGACCACGAAGUCUUCGUACAGGUCUUCUAUGGCUACGGUGCACGCUCCAUCAAGGGAUUCCGCUGCAGUCCGGACGCGUUCGUGCAAUUAGCUAUUCAAUUGGCGUACAAGAAACUGUUCAAGAAGAAUGCCGCCACAUACGAAGCCUCGCAGACGCGUCUGUUCUUACACGGACGUACUGAAACAACUCGCAGCUGCUCCGUGGCUAGCGCCAAGUUCACGGAUGCCAUGGAGGACGCGUCUGGCUCCGUCGCAACUGAAGAGAAGAAGAAGUUGCUCCUUGCUGCUGCUAACGCGCACGUUGCGUACAUGCGCAAGGCUGGUGGUGGUCGCGGUGUGGACCGUCACAUUCUCGGUCUUAAACUGCUGGUGCAGCCUGGUGAGCGUGUUCCGUUCUUUGAGGAUCCAGUGAUGGCUAGAGCGAGUCGUUGGCUCAUUUCCACCAGCCACCUCACCAAUGAACUGUUCGAUGGCUGGGGAUGGGGUGAAGUUGUGCCUGAAGGUCUGGGUAUAGCAUACAGUGUCAAGGAUCAGUCCAUCCAGUUCAAUAUCGCCUGCCGCCAACACGGUAGCUGGGGGGCUCGCAUGGGCCACCUGCUUGAAGAAAGUCUCGUGGAGAUGCAACAGCUUUUCACUGAGCAAAAGGAAAUUGGCGCCAAGCUGUAG